AAGUGGCAUAGAAUACUUGGAGAGGUUAGUCUUUACACCAAAGCUAUUGGUAAACAAUGAGGGCAAAUAGGCGUAAGCAUUGGGUUGGCUACUAUGCCAACAGGUAUGCGCAUCUUGGCAAUAGAUCUACAAAUAGAGUAGAAGGUGCCCAUGCAGCAAUAAAAACUGCAUUAGGAAAAGUUUCUUACGACCAUGAUAAAUACAGGUCUAUUGAUAAUUUCUUGAAAUGA